AUGUUCAAAUCUGCAAAACCAUAUUUCGGCCUUCGGGGCGGAUGGCUGACGUUCUGGAUCACGUUGGCCUGCGGUGCUGACAUGACUCUCUAUGGAUAUGAUCAAGGAGUCUUCAGUGGAGUCGUGAUCUCGCAAGACUUUCUUCAGCUACAUGGUCUUGCAGAGUCUUCAAAAGCGUCCUUGGUGGGAACGGUCGCAGCCAUUUAUGAUGUCGGUUGCUUUCUGGGAUCUUUGUCCGCCUACUGGCUUGGAGAACGACUAGGCCGCAGAAACACGGUCUUGGUGGGCACUACCAUCAUGACAAUUGGCGCUAUUUUGCAGGCCUCCUCCUACAGCCUAGGUCAUAUGAUGGCUGGCCGUAUCAUUGCAGGAAUUGGUAACGGUCUCAAUACAUCGACUGCACCCAUUUGGCAAGUCGAAACUUCAAAAGUCCAACUACGAGGCAAAUUGGUUAUUUUAGAGAAUGUCUUAGUACUUGUGGGCUUUUCGCUUGCCAAUUGGCUUAAUUACGGCCUUUCGUUCGCAAGUGGGCCAGUCUCGUGGCGAUUCCCUCUCUCAUUUCAACUCAUCUUCAAUAUUAUCUUAUUUUGCACAGUGCCGUGGCUGCCCGAGUCUCCUAGAUGGCUUGUUGCCCAUGGGCACCCAGAUGAUGCUUUGCAGAUUAUUGCUGAUCUCGAAGACAAGGACAGCAGCGAUCCUUUUGUUCAGCUUCAGAUGAGCCAGAUUCAAUACAGUGUGGACUAUGAGAAAGCAAACAGUGUUAGCUUCGGUGAUAUUCUACGCGGGCGAGCGCAUGAGAAGGCGGGCACAAAGACAGUUCGCCGACUUAUUCUUGGAAUGGGUGCCCAGGCAAUGCAGCAAUUCUCAGGAAUUAAUGUCACCUCUUAUUAUCUGCCAACGGUACUGACAAAGUCUGUGGGACUAGACGAAUCGCUAGCAAGGCUACUUACAGCCUGCAACAGCGUUCAGUACCUUCUCUUCUCUAUGAUCGGAAUUCCCAACGUGGAGCGAUGGGGACGUCGAAUGCUUUUGAUGUUUGGUGCAGCGGGAAUGUGUUUUUGCUAUAUCUUCAUCACGGCUCUUAUCCGGUACAACGAAAUGCCUGGGUAUGCUCACCGGGAGGAGGUGGCUUCAGCCUCCGUGGCCUUUUUCUUUUUGUAUUAUGUCUUUUUUGGAAUUGGCAUGCAAGGAGUGCCAUGGUUAUACCCAACUGAAAUCAAUUCACUCACGAUGCGGACGAAAGGUGCCGCCCUUGGAGCUGCUACUAACUGGAUUUUCAAUUUUAUGGUUGUCGAAAUUACCCCAAUCGGCAUUGAGAAUCUAGGCUGGCGUUUUUACAUUGUUUGGAUUGCCCUGAACGCAGCUAUGAUACCUGUGAUCUACGUCUUUUAUCCGGAGACAGCUGGUCGCACUUUGGAGGAUAUGGACGACUACUAUCGGAGCAAUCCUCCUCUUUUCGCAUGUCUUGACAAGGAAGCAAUCUCUAGCAAACGGCCCAAGAAAUAUGAAGCCCGAGAUGAACAUAUCAUCCGGGAAAAAGAAGAGCCAGCGGAGCAUUUGGAAAUCACUGAGAAGGUUGAGGUUUGA